GCUUCUUCCUUAGCAACAACCUAAAUAACCACAGCCUUUGACCGUAAACAAUCGAUAGUAAAUAGUCAUGGCUUAACAACCCAAAUGGAGACUAAAAACAUUAGCAGCCCUAAGUCACUGUAACUAUUAUCGAAGUGAAAAAUGGCGCUACAGAUCCCAGAGCAUCUGACUCAGGAGACCAAACUCUACCUGACUGGUUCCUUGGACAGCUUGAGCUCUCUGAAGGAUAACUGGUACUCUGUUCCUGACCCAGCUCUCAAGGGGGUCAGCGUGCCCUGCCCGUGUGGAGAAACAGUUGAGGUUGUCACAGGUUUAUCAACCAACAUCCACACUGACCCCUACAAUGACGAUGAGGCUGAGUCGCGGUUCCUGUACUCCAAGCCUCCAUGUUUUAUCAUAGUUGGCAAGCCAGGCUGUGGGAAGACAACUCUGGCCAGAAAGUUAGCCACUGAGUGGAGCUGUCAGCUCAUUAACUCCACUGACUUGAUACAAGAGAACAUGGACCUGCAGACAGAGAUUGGGACCAAAUGCAAGGAGAUCCUUCUGGCUGGUCAGGCUGUGAGCGAUGAGAUGGUGCUCAAGAUGGUGGUGGACAAGGUCAACUCACCAGAGGUGGCUCAUCAUGGCUAUGUGCUGGAUGACUUGCCCUGCCUGUAUGAGGGAGUGCUGUCAGUGACUGAACAAAUUGAGAUGAUCAAAAGUUGGAAGCUCAGGCCUGAUUUCAUCAUCAACAUCAGGAUUCCAGACAAAGAUAUUGAACAGAGAAGACUAGGUCAGAAGGUCGACCCAGAAAAUGGACAGCUGUACACACAGGAAGUCUACGCCCCAGAAAAGCCUGCUGUUGUUGAGCAACCUGUAGAGAAAGUUUUAGACGAGGACGAAGAAGAGGCAGUGGAAGAGGGAGCAGCUGAAGAGGACCAGGAAAUAGAUGAGGGGACAGAGCUGCCUUUAGAGGUGAUCAAGCGCCUGGUCAAACGACCAGAGGACAUGCAGGAGCAGGUCACAAACAGCAUUGACAAGUACAAGAACCAAAUGCUGCGCAUACUCGAGGAGUACAUGGGGGACCAUGACCAACAGUAUUUAGUUGAGAUGGAUGGAAAUGAAAGUCAAGCUUCACUUUAUAAGCAACUGAUGCAGAAACUAUUGACCUUUAACCUCCAACCUGCGGCCCUGGUUAGACAGCUGGUGGAGCCGGAGGAGGAGGAGAUCCCAGAAGACAUGGAGACAGACGAGCUGCUGCGUCUGCUGGCCGCCAGGCAGAUGGUGGCUCCACGCUACCGCUGGCGCCGCAGUCGCUGGGGCAGGUACUGCCCUGUGGCACUCUGGGAAGGAAACUUAAUCCUCGGCAAACCAGAGUUUGCUGUCAGUUUUCUAGACAAAAUGUACGUCUUGUCCAGCGAGGAAGCCAUGAACAAAUUUAUGAAAAACCCAAGGACUUACCUGAUAGCACCUCAGCCCAAGGCUCCCUGUAAGAUUGCGGUCAUUGGCGGUCCUUUCUCUGGCAAAACCACCCUGUGUCACCUGCUGGCUAGCAGGUAUGGGGCCAAGAUCUUCGACAUUGCUGAGCUGACAAAGCCUGUGAAGGAAAAUGAAAAACAAAAAUUUAUUGACAAUGCCAGGAAGGAAGCAACGGACAAGGCCAUUCAACAGGUCAAGGCCAAGCUAAAAGAGAAAAUGGAGGCAGAAGCAGCUGCUAGAGAAGAGGAACGUCAAGCCAGGCUGGCUAUAGAUAGAGCAAGAAAAGAUUUUGAGAAGCGCCGUGCUAAGGAAAUUGAAGAAGAAGCACAGCAGGAUUCUGAAGAAGAUGAUGAAGAUAAAGCAGAAGAAGAGAAACAAGCCACACAAGUCAAUGAAGAAAAGGGCGUGGAAGAUCCAUCCAAUCAGAUCACACCCAUUCUGUCCAGUGAAUCGAUGACAGAGGACCAGCCUGAACCACCAAUAACAGAGCCAGAUGUUGAUGAGAACCACCCUGAUGUGGUCAGCAUUGUAAACUUGGCUGUAGCAGAUGCCUCAACAGUGACCAUAACCUUGACCUCUGAACUUAUUGCUGAGGUUUUAGAAAAUGCCAUCAAAGAAUGGGAGCAGGAGAUGAGGAGCAGGAAUGUGGAUGGACCUUUGUAUGGGUCCUGGGUCCUGGAUGCCUACCCCACCAAUAGAGAGCAGUGGAACGCCAUGGUGGAGAGAAACCUGAUUCCUGAUGAGUUGAUUGUUCUUGGCGACGUCUUCACUGGCGACAAGGAAAUCACCACCAAGAUGAUCCAGCUGACCACUGAGAGGUACUGCAUAAAGAACAGAGACUGGAUUCUCAGCGAGGCCCAGCGGCGCCAGAAGGAGAAGCAGAGGCUGAUGGAGCUGGCCCAGAAAGAAAGGGACAGACUUCGGCUGAUUGAAGAAGAAAUGUCCCGCAUAGAACAAGAAAAGGAGGAGCAGAAGCUGAAGCUGCUUAUGGAAAAAGCAGCCAUGGAGGAAGCUGCUGCAGAAAAAGAAAAAGAAGAAAAAAUGGCGUACUUGCAUGUGAACCAAGUAUUAUGGGAUACAUUAGCUGGUGAAGUUGUCACGCGCAGAUCUUUCCAUGAGAUGGGAAUCGAGCAGCCUCGUGGGCCUAGUUUCAUUACUCUUCUGGCUGAAGAGUUCCAUGAUUAUUCCGAACUGUACGCCAAGCUUGACACGCUUGGUGAAGUCAUACAGAAUGUGGCCGAGUCAGACAGCAAAGUUCCUGAAGUCGAGGCUGAGAUAGCAACAGAAGUGACUCCAACAACUGUACCAGAGGAGGAUGAGGUGCAUGUGGAGCAAACAGAACUAGAGUACUUAAUGCUCCAGCCAGAGGCUAUAGCCUUCAGGGACAACCUCGGGGAGUUUGACAAGGAUCUGGGUAAUUUGAUUGGCACGGUGUCCGGCUCCUCACAUGUCGAGCCACACAAAAUUGACAUUGCCGGACACACUCCUGAAAAAACUUUUCAAGCUGUUGUUGACCACAUUGAAAGAUUCUUCCACUACACCGGCUGGGAGGUCGGUGCUCAGGAUUUAGAGGAGGAAGAGGAAGAUCUGGAGGCUGAGGAUGCUGAGGAGGAAGGUGGAGAAGAGGAGGAGGAUGCCAACAGAAGCGUCAGAAGAAAGUUUUUGGGAGAUUCAAACUACUUUGAUCCUGUACCUCUCAAAGAAACAGAUGUCUUGGUGCCAGGAAAUCCAGAGAUUGCUGCCGUCUACAGAGAAAGGGUUUAUUACUUUUAUUCCAAUGAAACCAAAGAAAAGUUCCUGGAGAACCCGUCUCAUUAUGUGGCGCAAAAUGCUGCCCUCAAGGUUCCACCUGUACGUCUGUUGAUCCUGGGACCUAAAGGUUCCGGUAAGACUUUACAUGGGCGCCACCUGGCGGAGAAGCUGGGCGUCUUCCACAUCUCCUUCAGGGAGAGACUGCAGGAGCUGAUCAUUGCCAAGACCAAGAGGAAAAUUGGUCCUGAGUAUCAGAUGGAUGAGGAGCUGACGUCUGAUGAAGAGGAGGAUUUUGAUGAGUCUGGUGGGAGCAGCGCACACCCAACAGGGUCCAGAUCAGAACAAAAGAGAAGGUCCUCUACGAGGUCAUCAAGUUCUGUAACAACAGAGCAGGAGGAGGAGGAGGAGGACUACCCAGAGGAAAUGACCUUUGAGGAGGAUCCCGUCUGGGACGAUGUCAGAUACGUGGAGGAAGAAAUGGAGAAGAAUGUGUCUGUGGGGGAGGGGGAGGACGACGCUGUAGGCAGCUACCAGCACUCUGCCACAGUCCAGGAAAUGGCAAACGCAGGAAAAAUUGAGGAAGAGAGCGUUGAACUGACUGAAGCCGAGGAGGCAAUCAAAGCUUAUUUAGAAGAUAACGAGCCUCUGCCAAACCACGUCUUAGACAACAUCAUUCAAGUCUGGUGGAAGUCAGAGCCAUUCAAAUCUACUGGCUUUAUACUGGAGGGUUUCCCUCGUACAACUGAUGAGGUCAAGUACCUACAGGAGUCUGGCUUGAUGCCAGAUGCUGCUGUCAUUCUACAGGUGAGUGAGAGUGAGGUCAUCGGCCGCUUGCUGCCCCCCAAGCUAGAGAAGUGGAGGACCAAGAGAGAGAAAAGAUUGGCCAAAAAAACACACAAGAAGGAGAAGGCUCGCAAAAAGAAGGAGGAAGCCAUGGCCAAACGUAGAGAAGAGUUGGUGCUUGAACGUGAGGAAAGAAAAAAAGUCAGAAGGGCAGAGAAGGAGGCAGAGAGUUUUUAUAACAAAGAGGAAGAGGAAGGAGAAGGAGAAAGUAGUGAGGAGGAGGAAGAAGAGGAAGAGGAAGAUAUUGAUGCCAUUCUGGCAGAGGAAUUUGAGGAAGAAGAAGAAGAAGAGGAGGAAGAUGAAGAAAAUGAGGAAGAUGCUAUCGAACGAAUGAAGAAUGACUUUAAUGAGAUUUAUGAUGAUGACACCAACAGGAUUGUGGCUGUGGAGGAGGCCCUGGAAGAGAUUCUAAUCCCUCGUAUCAGCAUUGACGCCUCCCGCAGGCCGCACAUCAUCAGAUACAUCCUCAGUAAAAAACUCAAGCCUUACAAUGAGUUCCGCCACAGCAUUUUUGAGCGUGUCUACCCAAUCAGUGAGCAGCAGGCAAACCUCAUGCUCCAAAUGGGCUAUAAAUAUCCCAGUCGCUUCGGCCGUUGGGACCCAGUCAAGCUGAAAGAUGGGGACUGCAUCCAGCCAGCAAUGGGUCAGGGCAUCGCGACCUACCCCUGUAUCCACAGAUCCUACAUUUACUUUUUCUCCAGCCGACAAAGCCGCCAGUUGUUCAUGCAGGAUCCCAUGACCUACUUGAAGCAACCCUCGCCCAAACCUGUGGUCCCCAUCAAGAUGGCCAUCAUUGGGCCCCCCAAAUCUGGGAAAUCAACCAUUGCUAGAAGAUUUGUUGAAGAUUAUGGAGUGAAAAGAUUAUCCAUUGGAGAGGCCAUGAGGACAAUCCUGGCCACCCAGAAAAAUACAGACUUGGCCAAGCAAAUGUUCUGGCAUCUGUCACGAGGGCGAGUCGUCCCUGACAAUCUACAAAUUCAAAGCUUAGAGGUCGCCUUGUUGGAUAUGACAUGUCAGACACGAGGCUAUGUGCUAGAUGGCUACCCAAUGGUGGGCAGUCAAAUCCAGUUGAUGCGAGAGAGAAGUAUCAUCCCUGUCCGAGUCAUUGAGCUGGAGCUGGAGAGCAAGGAGGUGAUGGUGAGAGGACUCAAAGACAGGAUGGUCAUUCCACGGCCUCUAGUGCUACAUGACAGCGCCCAAAUUCUGGCCAUCAAGCUCUCCUGUUACCACAAAACAGCACCACAAGUUCGUGACUGGUACCAAAAGCAGCACCAGAACUACCAGACAGUCAACGGCAACCAAUCCAAGUGGUGGGUGUGGGACAACACGCUACAACUGGCCAUCCACAGCAUCCAGCGUAUCCAGGACUAUCUGCAACGGAUAGGAGAUGAUGAGGCUGCUGGUAUAGCUGGACUGUGCAUCACACCAGAGGAGUUUGAGCAGCGUGUAGGUGUCUUUGGGAACUACUGUCCUGUCAGCUUGGCACAACGCGGGGAACUUGUUGACUGUUCUGUCAACCCAACCUUGGAGUUUGCAGCUGAGUUUAGAGGCCACUACUAUAAGAUGGCAGGUAAAGAAGAGUUGGAGCAGUUUUUGUCCAGUCCAGAAAAAUUUGUCCCGCCACUUGCGCCUCGCAGCCUGCCAGCGCCAGCCAUGCUACCUCGCAGGAUAACAAAAGCUGAGCUGCAGGAUAGACCGGUGGAGAUCCUGGGCUACUGUCCUGUCACCUACCUGGACGGGAACAUGAGAUAUGAUGCGCUGAUUCCAGGAUGUGAAGAAUUCAUGGCAGAAUACAUGCAUAAAGUUUUCCUCAUGCAAAGCCAGGAGAAAUUACUCAAGUUUAUGAAGUUGCCAGAGAAAUAUUCCAAUAUGAAGCUGCCACACAAACUUCCUCCAAAACCAGAAGAGCUGCCAUUUGCCAGUUUGCCAAUGUUGGGUUUCAUGGAACAAACGUGUGCCAUAGCUUUAGUCAAAGCCUUGACUGCUGCAGGCAAUGUCAAGCCCAAAUAUCCUUUCAUCUCCUCUACACGCUCUGCACUCAUUUACAUUGCCUAUCAUUUAAAAGCUUUCAACCCCAAGUCUUCCCCCUACAUCCGCAAGAAGUACAAGCAGAAGCUGCAGCAGUUUGAGGAGACAUGUCAGCUGAUCAACUACCUGGGGAACAACAUGACAGCCAGGUACCGCGACCCCAACGAGAGACCCAAAGACUUUGAUACCAAACUUGAAACAUUUUUUGCUCUCAGAGGGGUGGAGCCCACCCCAACUUGGAUCAUGUAAAGCUGGCUGUAUCAAGCAGGCCUAACCAAAGGGGCAGCUCUCCUCUGUGUCUCAUGCUUCUAGAUCUGCUGGUACUUGGAGAUUUCUAACUGAUCCUACCAAAUUUCUUUUUCUCUGUGUGCAGUUUUAAAACCAGCAGCCAUCUUAGUUUUAUUAGCCUCCAAAUUAUUCUAUAUUGGCCCAACUAUUCUAUAGUGGCCCAACUAUUCUCUAGUGGCCCAACUAUUCUAUAGUGGCUCAACUAUUCUCUAGUGGCCCAACAUUCUAAAGUGGCCCAACUAUUCUAUAGUGGCCCAACUAUUCUAUAGUGGCCCAACUAUUCUAUAGUGGCCCAACUACCCCAUAGUGGUCCUACUAUUGCUGCCCCUAAACAAAAGCCAUCGAACUAUUCCAUUGGGCCCAACUGAUCAAAAGCGGCCUAACUAUUCUAUAGUUGCCUAACCCUUGUGUAGGAUAAAUAGUCCGUCUGUCUGCCCUCAGAUAUUUUUGGUUGAAACUGUGAUAGACUGUGUGUACUGUGAUAGACUGUGUGUACUGUGAUAGACUGUAUGUACUGUGAUAGACUGUAUGUACUGUGAUAAAAUGUGCCUGUAGACUACAUUACAAUUUGUUAGACAUUGGAUGGUUGCCCUGUGUUAGCUGGUACUUGUUAAGGCAAGAACUACAUUUUGUAUCCUUCAUUAAAGAUAAUGUACUUUGGUAAACAGUGGCAUAGAUGGAACAGAAAAAUGACAUUGCAAAGACUUAAAAUGUUUCAUUUUUUUGCUAAAAUUAACGGAACAAUUACAAUAAUGUAUUCCCAUAAUGUCGGUUAUGUAUCAAUAAAUUAUUUUGUCAAAAAUUC